CCAGUCUGUCUGGGCAAGGCUACUUUGGCUGGAAAGCUCCCUCGAUCACCCCGCCUUGCUCCCGAGCAAAAGAAAGAAAAAAGCACAGCCCUGAAAUUGCACCGGGUACGUACACUGGAGCAUGCAAUACUCGGGGGAUUCGGGUUUUCAGUGCCCGCCCACUGCUGACAGUUCAGCCCAUCACUGGGGGUUGACCCAGACCUCGAGCCACAAGCCCACCAUUUGCCAAUUUACUAAUCCGGAGCGUCGACAAGCAGCCCACCACCACAUCUCAUUCUUUUGCAACUUCCACCAGUCCACCCGUUGCCGACUGCCUCCAUACCUCAAUCAUGGCCGAUGUUCAGGAGCGUCUCAAGAAGCUGGGUGCUACCGCACGUAUUGUGGCAAGGGCACUCCCCGGAGGAAGGUCAAGCGCGCCCCCGCGCGGUCCGGCGGCGACGACAAGAAGCUCCAGCAGACGCUGAAGAAGCUCAACGUCCAGCCCAUCCAGGCCAUCGAGGAGGUUAACAUGUUCAAGAGCGACGGCAACGUGAUCCACUUCGCCGCCCCGAAAGUCCACGCCGCUGUUCCGGCCAACACCUUCGCCAUCUACGGCAACGGCGAGGACAAGGAGCUGACGGAGCUCGUUCCCGGUAUCCUUAACCAGCUGGGCCCCGACUCGCUAGCUUCGCUGAGGAAGCUGGCGGAGAGCUACCAGAACAUGCAAAAGACCGAGGGCGACAAGGACGCCGACGACGACGACAUCCCGGAACUCGUCGCCGGCGAGAACUUUGAGGACAAGGUCGAGUAAACAACGACCUGGCCAUGGCGACUAGAUAUUUCCGCGACGAACCUACACGAUCGAUCAACUCUCCAAACACAUUUACGACAAACCUUCAACCACGCAAUGGGAAAUUCUCUAGACUCGGGGGCGGAAGGGAAACGGCUGCGGCGCGCGUUGGAAUGGGCACGGGAAGUCACGGUUCUGCUUACCCCGCGUAAGGAAGCUCGAGAUGGUGGUUUCUUUGGCUCCUUUGUGUCGUUCACAUGACGACCUAGCACAUCAGAAAUGGAAUAUUUUUGUUAUGCGCGGGGAAUACUUCUCGUAUCCUGGGUACCUGCAAGAUCGGGAUUUACCAGAUGAUACCCAGCCUCGUCGUGUAGGCCGUGCUUU